AUGUCGCAAAACGACCAGGAGCGCAAAAAGGUCUGCUUCGUCACCAUCGGGGCCACUGCCACCUUUGACGAGCUUGUCAGAGCAUGCACCCAGCCUGACUUCCUCGGCGCCCUCGCCCAAGCCGGCUAUACCGACUUGCUCGUUCAGUACGGCAAGAACCGGCGAUUGUGGAAAGAGGUCGGCCCCGGCAACGAGUCGCUUGCUCAGCAUGGUGUCGACGUCUCAGGCUUCAGCUUCCGCGAGAACGGCCUUGCCGCCCAGAUGCAGCUUGCCAAGGGCCAUCCAGCCGACGGCUCCAAAGAGGGCGUCAUUGUCAGCCAUGCCGGCUCCGGCAGUAUCCUCGACGCUCUUCGCCUCAACGUGCCCCUCAUCGUAGUCCCCAAUCCGUCGCUGCUGGACAACCACCAACAGGAGCUUGCCGAGGUGCUUGAACAGCAAGGCUAUGUUAUUCAUGGAAAGCUGGACAAUCUCGCGCUCUGUAUUUCCCAAGCCGAAGAACUCCGCAAGCGUCAAAGAACGUGGCCACCCAUCAACAGUGGCCCUCAUCGUCGCGCCCCUGGGUUGCAAGGUGUCAUAGACGAAGAAAUGGGCUUCUUGGACUAG